GUCCCUUGAAAUCGAUGUUACGUUACAAAUUCCUGCUACAAUAGAGUUCUCUCCGAUAUUGAUAUUUUUAAUUCAACUAAUAUCAGAUCGGCGAUUGGGCUUAAAAAUAUCAUCGAUCUUACUUUCAAGUGAAUAG